GAAAGAAACUGUUCAUCAAUUCAAGAAUGACCCUCACCUUCUUGAAAUUUGCACACAGGUUGGUCCUCCAUUCCAAUAACGUCCUCAUGAGACUCCCUCGGAGGUGCCGAGUGUUGCUCCUUCUGUCCAUGUUCCUCUUGGUCGUCCUCUACUCCAACUUUCGAAAGGAGGCGAUCUCCCAAGUAAAAGAACCUCUAAAGCAUGCCGUCGUGCGCCAAACUGAGGAUCGAGCGCCGGUCCAAACCCAAAUCCCAACCAAAGUCCCAAGUCCAUUCUUGACCCCACCCUCUGUCAACAUAUCUUCUGAGUUCAGGACUUCUAUCCCAGAAAAUGGAGCAUACUGGAAUCAGCUUUUGCACGCCCGACUGAAACGUGCGGAACGGGGCGAGAACCCAUUGAGCCGGGACCCGUCCUGGCCUCACUGCCGGGACAAUCAAACCAACGUGAACGACGUGGCCUCCUACUCGCCCCUGCUGCGGAACUUCCUGUGGGGGAUGAAGUGCCGCUCGCCUCCGUUCCUCAUGGACCAGCCCGACAAGUGCAAGGAGAACACCACCUUUCUGCUCUUCGCCAUCAAAUCCAUCCCGGCCCAUUUCGAGCGGCGGCAGGCGGUGCGUGACACCUGGGGCCGGGAGUACCUUCAUGACGGCGGCCUACACGUGAGGACGGCCUUCCUGUUGGGUGCCUCCUCGCUAGAUGACCCAGACAUCAGUGCGCUAGUCAGGUUCGAAGCCGAGCGUUACGGCGACAUCUUGCAGGCUGACUUCCACGAUUCUCUCCUCAACCUGACCCUCAAGAUGAACGCCUUCCUCCGGUGGACCCUGGAAAGGUGUCCACGAGUCUCCUUCGUCUUCAGCGGGGACGACGACGUCAUCGUCAACACCCCGGCCCUCCUGAGCUACCUCAGCUCUCUGGAUUCUUCCAAGGCCUCUCGCUUGUACACCGGACACGUGAUAAAAACAGCGAGACCUCUUCGGGACCCCAAGAGCAAGUACUUCAUCCCCACGAGCUUCUACAAAGGACCCUACCCGGCCUACGUAGGCGGCGGCGGCUUCGUCAUCUCCGGGGCCUUACUGCGACCGCUCUAUUCCGCCUGCGGAGCCAUUCCCUUCUUCCCCAUCGACGACGUCUACAUCGGCAUGUGCUUCAACGCCCUGGGGGUCUCGCCGCAGGCCCACGGUGGCUUCCACACCUUCGACAUCCGAGAGAGAGAUCGCGAGAAUCUGUGCGUCUACAAGAAUUUGAUCUUAGUCCACCGCCGGUCCCCCCAGCAGGUGAAGAAGAUCUGGAGGGGCAUCCACAGUCCGCUACUGACUUGUUGAGGCCUUUUUUUUUUUUCUUUUUAGGGGGUGAGUACAUGGAUCACAUUGCCACUGACAAAACACAUAAAGGAUCAGACCAUGUUUAACAUUGUGAAACAUUAUAGUGGAAUUAUUCGAGAUAAAGUUAAAAAGGGUAAACAAAUUUGAGAAAAAGAAAAUAGUAAAUGGAAAAACACAUCAGGCAAACCAAGUUUAAGUUGCAAAAAAACAAAGUCAAGUUGAAUCUUUUAUUUUCACACAAAACAAAGUGCAGGAGAGGAGCUACCUUGGUGUGCUAUUGAUUUUUGCAACAGUUUCACACAACCGCUAAAGUCCGAACAAACAAAAGUAUAUUACUUCUAUCUACGCACGAUGUCGACAUCCGUCUGUUUGCAUUUAGUGAUAAAUGACAAGGAAGUGUGCUAACCGUAAGGCACCGAGCAGAACAUCCCACUCAUCAAAACUACAUUGUUGUGCAUAAGUAGACUAGAAAGUUGGGGUUCUCAAACUUUUCUCACAUUUGUUUGUAAAAAAUACCAAUUCUGUAAAGUGUCUUUGUAGAAAAAAAAAUUCUUCUGAAAUGUAACAAUCCUGUAUCUCACAUUUUUCUUUCUCGUUUUUAAUUGGUCCAAAACUAACGUCGGAAGUCAGAAUUAGCCUGUUUCCAUAUCGUUAGCAUAAUAGCAUUCGCCCUCAAGACACAUUUGAAGGUUUUCAGGAAA